AUGCCCUCGCGCCGCAGCCACACCAAAUCCCGGAAGGGUUGCAUUCAGUGUAAGAAGCGACAUGUGAAGUGCGAUGAAGAGACGCCUCGAUGUGGGUUGUGCAAGAAGAGAAAAUUGGAUUGCACGUAUCCGUCCAAUGAUGCGGAUGGUCAAAACCCCUCCACACCACAUGAAUCACCCGAGGCGGUAUCCGGCCCAGAAGCAGAUUCGUCGCAGACCCGAAUGCUCGAAAUGAGAUUAUUCCAUCAUUACCUUACGGAGACAUACAUCACUCUCUGUCAAGGUCGCCUCGACGCACAUCAUUUCCAAGUCGUCAUCCCGCGAAUCGUGGUGUCCCAUCCAUUCCUGAUGGACAGCCUUUUGGCACUAUCUGCUCUUCAUCUUGCCUAUCUGGAGCAGCAUGACAACCGGUCGUGGCUGGAAAUUGCUCUGAAAUAUCAGAGCCGCGCCUGCUCAGCCUUUAGUCGAGUCUUGGCGGACAUCUCCCCGGAGACUUGUGGGCCAGCUUUUAUCUGCUCCAUUUUCAUCAUGCUGUGUGCAACGGCGUAUCCUUGUGUUUCCGAAGACAGACAGACAUUCGAGCCGUUGUCUCAUGUACUAGAGAUUCGCCAGCUCAUUGCUGGCUGCGCACUCUUAUUUGUGCAACUCAACGGCAUGGAGUAUCGGGGUGACUUGCAAGGAUGGUUGAAAUGGAAGGACGAUGAAGUCGAUCAGGAUGGCAAUCCUUAUCAAGUUCGAGAAUCCCAACUGAAUCUUCGGAGUGCAAUCAUGGCUUCCUUGAAGGGCGUUCAAGAGAAGUUUAACAGUAUCGGUGGACCAAAUCAGGCAAUAUACCUGGCUACUUGGCAGAUUCUUCAUGAAGCAAUCAAGAGAUGGCCAUUUGGCGGCCCGAACGGUGGUAUAAUCGCAUGGCCUAUCAAUAUUAGCGAGGCCUACAUCGAUCUGCUCAAGCAGGGUGAUUGGGUGGCUCGUAUUCUGUUUCUACACUACGGCGUUGGACUGCAUUUGCUCUCAGACAAAUGGUUUGUUCGAGACUGGGGCCGUCGUCUCAUCGAGACCGUUCUACAACCGGAAGAUGAGAUUCCCUCGAUCUGGGCGAGCACUAUCUCGUGGACCAGGAGCGCAGUUGAGCUCGAAGAAUGA